CCUGGCGCGCGAGCAGCUGUCAACAAUGCUAGCGAGUGAAGGGGAGUGAUGGAGGGGGCACACAGAGACACCAGACACGAGCGCGCAGUCUCCCGCCAGCAGCCACCGCGACACGGCCGCAGCCUGCAGCCUCGCCAGCGCCCCUGGCGGUCACCCGUAGUUCUCCGCGUGGGAAAAACAGCGCUGUUGCUACCGGCAGUGGCGCGCAAGCUGCGAUAACAACUCCUCAGCGACCUCAUGCUGUAACACGAUACUUCACUCGCAGCUUCUGCCACACACCCGUUGCUGCAAGCCUAUUGGAUCACCGCGCUAGAUGGAAGCCACCCAGAAGCAGGGUCAGAAGUCAAGGAAGCUCCCUCAGUAUUUCGCAGGAGUGGUUGCCGUCGUGAACACGGUGACGGCGGGGUGCGUGUUCGGCUGGACCUCGCCGGCGCUGCCGCAUCUGCAGGCCCCGGCGGACAACUCCUCGGCCUCGGCGGGGGGCCUGACGGUGGACGAGGGCUCCCUGGUGGGGUCGCUGGUCGCAGUGGGGGCCCUGGCCGGCUCCCUGCCCACCGGACACCUCGCCAACCUGCUGGGGCGGCGGAGACUCUCGCAGGCCCUCAGCCUGCUGCUCGUGGCGGGCUGGGCCGUCAUCGCCGUCUGCGGCCGCCAGGUGGUGUACCUGUGCGCGGCCAGGCUGCUGCAAGGCGCCUGCCUGGGCGCCGGCUCCGUGGUGACUCCGCUCUACAACGAGGAGAUCUCCGAGGUGGGGGUGCGGGGCUCGCUGGGCGUGCUCUACGACUCGGCGCUCUGCCUCGGCAUCCUCUGGGUGUACCUGGCCGGCGCGCUGGCGGCCCCCUACCUCUGGAUGAACGUGAGCUGCGCGCUGCCGGCGGCGCUGUCCUUCCUGCUGCUGUUCCUGGUGCCCGAGUCCCCCGUGCACCUUCUGGCGCGCGGGGACGAGGCGGCCGCUAGGGCGGCCCUGACCUGGCUCCGGGGCGGGGACCCCGACGUGGGUCCCGAGCUGGAGUCCUUGCGCCGGCUCGUCCAGAGGCCCGCAACCCCGGGCCGCUGCGCGUGGACCCCGCCCACCGCCAAGGCGCUGCUGAUCGUCACGGGGCUGAUGAUGGCGCGGCAGCUCUCGGGCAUCAACGCCGUCACCUUCUACGCCGAGGACAUCCUGAGGGCCAGCGGCGCGGGGAUGGAGCCGUCCAUCGCGGCGAUGCUGUGCGCCGUCUUCGAGCUGGCCGUGACCGUGCUGAUGGUGGUCAUCGCGGACCUGGCCGGCCGGAGGCUGCUCCUCGCGGUCUCCUGCUGGGGGUCGGCUCUCUGCCUCGCCGGCCUGGCGCUCGCGCCUCCGGGCUGGCUGCCCGUCGCCUCCGUGCUGGGCUACAUCGGGCUGUUCUCCGUCGGCCUGGGGCCCCUGCCGUGGUUCAUGAUGGCGGAGCUGGUGCCGACCGAGGCCAAGGGUUGGGUCACGGGAGUCGCGGCCACCGUCAACUGGCUCGCCAUGUUCCUGGUCACGCAGUUCUUCGUGGGGCUGGUGCGCGCGCUCGGACCCGCCGGCACCUACGCGGGGUACGCCGCCGUCAACGGGCUCGCCGGGGCGGGCGUGCUGCUCUUCGUGCCGGAGACCCGGGGCAAGAGUCUGGAGGACAUCCAGAAGGAGCUCGCGGGAGUCAAGCCAGCCGCCCCACCUGACCUGGGGGAGCCGCCCCACUGCAGACCUCGCCGUGAAGACUGAAGGCCGUGGACAACCAAACACUUGCUGAAUGCUCUAUCGUCGAGUACAUGAACUUGCCAGCUGCCCCACUGCACACCUCGCCGUGAAGACUGAAGGCCGUGGACAACCAAACACUUGCUGAAUGCUCUAUCGUCGAGUACAUGAACUUGCCAGCCGCCCCACUGCACACCUCGCCGUGAAGACUGAAGGCCGUGGACAACCAAACACUUGUCGAGUACACGAACUUGCUUGUGAUUGACCAAGUUACAUUUUGUAUCCAACUAGUCUCUUAACAAAAUUAUUUAUUCCACUGAGACAUAUACUGUAUAGUGUUAUCUGUGCCAUGCAUGGAAGAACAUACAGUUGAGAAAUCUUAACAACUUACCAACAAAUAAAAAACCUUUAUAUUUUACUGUU